ACAAACCUCUUUGGCCUUCAUCAUAUGUUAGUGCAUGAUGCAACCAUGUAUUAAAAUAGUAUUGUCAUAUUUUUUUAUUUUUUUUAAAAAAAAUCUAUGUGUUAACCUCCUCAAAAAUAUUGAGAUUUCGGUAAAUGCUCUAUAUACCGAAAGCCUAUGAUAUUUAGUGUUGUUUUAAAAUUUCUAAACACAUUCUACAUUUGUAAUAAUGUAUAUUAAACUCUCUUUUCAUAGUACAAAAGAAUCGUUUCAAGGGCCUAGACUGAUAUCUUAAAAUUUGUUCUAGAAAAAUGGUUUCUUUUAGAUCUGAUUUGCAGACUAGGCAGAUGUCUAGGCACCGAUUUUUAUAACAUUGGGUAUUUAAUGUUUUGGUUUGUGAAAGGUUCGAUUUGUAGUUGGAGGGGAUGGACCAAAGCAUGUGAGACUAGAGGAAAUGAGGGAGAAGCAUUCUCUCCAAGAUAGAGUUGAAAUGCUUGAUGCAGUUCCUCAUUCUCGUGUGCGCUCUGUUUUGGUCACCGGUCAUAUAUUCCUUAACAGUUCUUUAACAGAAGCCUUCUGCACAGCUAUAUUGGAGGCAGCUAGUUGCGGGUUAUUAACUGUUAGCACUCGUGUUGGAUGUGUCCCUGAGGUCUUACCGGAUGACAUGGUUGUACUUGCUGAGCCAGAUCCGGAGGACGAUAUGGUACGAGCAAUAGGGAAGGCGAUAUCAAUACUUCCAAGUAUUAACCCUGAGGAGAUGCACAAUAGAAUGAAGAAGCUGUACAGUUGGCAAGAUGUAGCGAAAAGAGCCGAGAUUGUGUACGACCGUGCCUUCAAGUGUUCUAAUAGAAGUCUUCUAGAACGUCUAUCGAGGUUCCUGUCAUGUGGAGCGUGUGCAGGGAAGGUAUUCUGUAUGGUUAUGAUCAUUGAUUACUUGCUUUGGCGGUUACUUCAGUUACUUCAGGUGCGUAUAUAUAUCUUAUCCUUGCGUAACAAAUUGAAUAUCUCCAAAAUUUGUAAUGAUAAUCUCAUAAUGUGAUUUGCCUUCACUCAGCCUGAUGAUGAUAUCGAGGAGGCACCAGAUAUCAGUUUUCGCCAUUAGGAAGGUAGUAGUUGAGAGUUUCAAGUAGGAAUAUAAAUCAGGAAAUGAGGUGAGAGUCAUGAUAAACAGAGUCUCAGUCAGCUCCGUCGAUGGUUAAGGCCUUAUAUUCAUUUUCUUCUUUAGAAGCUCGUCCUUGAUAAUUGAUUGUAUUUUGUAUUUGUUUCGUAUAUUUUCAUUAUUUAUCUGAGAGACUGGAAUCAGUUUUUCCUAGUGAAGGGGGGGAUAUUACACGUUGAAACACUAAACACUUCAUAUGUUUUACCUCGAAAUAUAAAUCUCAGUACAAACAGGCCCGUAAAAAAUAUGUAUACGGAUAGACCCAAUAUACAAGGAAAUGUUAAAAGAGGCUCUUUGAAAUUGCUAAGCCAAUUUCAUUCUGUUAUGUUGACAAGACUAUAAAAACCAGCUCUGUCUCUCUUGCGAUCUCACCCCACUCCCUUCGCUGCGAAUUCAAACACAGGUGCUUGAUCGAUGCUGAUGUGCUUGAAACCUGAAAGCAACUACGGUCCACAAAAUAAGUUUUUAUGUAAUAUGUUUAAGGAUGUGAUGACAAUUAUUAAAAUUAGGCCUCGUGUGUUUGCUUAAGGACCAAGCAACUUUAGGUGGGCCGUCGUCACCAUCAUCCGUCACGAUCAUCUAUUUAUCGGCCACCAUAUCCAGUCUUAUUUCGAAAUAAAAACAAAUUUUCAUAUCGAUAUGACAUAAAAUAUAUUAAAAAAAACUAUUUCUAAUAGUCAUUUGAUUCAUUUUCAGUGGCAAAUAAUGUAUUCUAGGAAUAAAUACGAGGAUUUCAGUGACAAAAAAAAAAGGAAUAAAUACAAGGAUAAAAUAUUUGCUUUCUAUUCUCCCCCUUCAAAGUCAUUUAUAGUCUUUAACCCUAACGAGUAAAAAAAACAUGUAACUCUUUGACUGAUCAGUAUUGUAAAAAAAGCUUGCAACAAAAAAAAAU